AUGGCUGCGAAGAGCUGGCUGGGUAUGGCAGGCCUGCGGGAGGAGCAGGUGGCCUGGUCGCUCUUCGAUGCCGGAUGCUGGGGCUACGUCAGUGUAACGCUCUCUUGCCUCCUCCCUCUCGUGCUGAAGCAGCAGACUCCUGCCUCCAUCGAGAAGUACGUCUCGGCCGUCUGGGCAAACGCAGUGGCGGUAGGAACACUUCUCGCUGGGAUCCUCUGCCCAUUCAUCGGAGCCAUGGUGGAUCAACUCGCGCUGAGGAAGGUGACCGUCCUGGUCUCUGGGUUCGUCACUUGCAUCUUCCUCUCUGUCGCCGUGUCCAUCGACGUGGAACAGUGGCCGGCAAUGGUCGGGUUUGCAGUGAUUGGCGUAAUGUUCUACAGUCUCAUGCAAGCUGUCUACAACUCGCUACUUGUGCACGUCUCCGAGACCAGCGAGGAUGAGGUUGUCUUCGUCUCUGCUGUCCAGUGCGCCAUCGGCAACUUCGGCGCCAUGGUGCUCAUGACAGCGUUGGGUCUGGAGGAGGCAAAACAUUCUAAGAAAGUCAUUCCGAUCGACUAUGUGCAGCGCUGCUUCCUGUGGAGCGCUCUUUGGUUCUUCUUGUUUGCACUCCCGUUUGCGUUUGUGUAUCAGGAGGAGCCUCGACAUGGGAAAGUGCACAACGUGAACUUGACACAUCAAGUGAGGUCGGCGAUCAGCGCCUUCAAAAUGUCGCUGCAGAACCGCGAGCUGCUCAAGUACAUGAUAGCCACACUGAUCUACAGCGACGCCUCCUCAACCCUCUUUUCCGUGUACAUGGUGUAUGCUGCUCAGAUCGGAAUCUCGAAUGCUGUGCUGUUACAUUGCGCUGUUCUGAAUCGCUGGAUCAAUGUGUUCAUGGGAUUCGGUUGGUACUACCUGUCGAGACUGAUCGGAUCGAGGGUUUGCUUCCUCCUCUCCAUGUCCCUCACCCUCCUUAGCGCCAUCGCGUGCGCCGUCAUGCACACAGACUUUGACUUCUGGGUGAUGAACUUGAUCCUCUCUCUCGCGGGGUCUGGCGGCUACAUCUUCUCGGAAAUCGAUCUGAUUGUGAUGCAGAGAGUUUUGCUCGCGCGACUGACUACCAAAGACAACACCGCACAGCAUUUUGGCUUCAUGGCAGGAGUCUCCCGGGUCUCGGGCAUGCUUGGUCCUCUCCUUUACGCCGCCAUCAUCGCGGUCGGAGGAGCACGUGCAGCUCUUGUCGGCCUGGCAGUCUUCUCGGUCCCUGGAAUCUACUUGAUGGCAGACGUUGACUUUGAGGUCAGCAAGCUGAUCAACUUCUCCUGA